AGGAAGGACAAACAUUGUCCUUACUAGCUGACAAGCUAAGAGCUCCUGUCAUGAAUGACUACUGUUUCUGACUGUCCAGCCUUCAUUUACCCUCUUCUGGUGAGAAACAGGCUCAGGGAGAUUUGGGCUGUGCCUGGGUUCCACAACCAGCAAGUGACUGAGACAUUGCUUCAUCCAGUUCUUCUGACUUUAAACUCUUCUGCUCUCUCAAGUGUCGGGUGCCAGCCACAGGUUCCCGUCAGAGCUCCUUGGAGUCACCAGCAAACCUGCCUUCUCUUCCUCCUGAUUCUCUUGCCUGGAAUCUGACCUGGAUAAUGAAAGAUUCCUUCCCUUUCCUGUCUCAUCGCAGCCGAUAUGGUCUGGAGUGCAGCUUUGACUUCCCCUGUGAGCUGGAGUAUUCCCCUCCACUGCACAACCUUGGGAACCAGAGCUGGUCCUGGCGCCGUGUCCCUGCCGAGGAGGCUUCCCAGAUGGACCUGUUGGAUGGGCCCGAAGAGGAGCAUGCCAAGGAGAUGCCCAGAGGCGCCUUCCUCCUCCUCAACACCUCGAUGAACUCCAGGCACAGCAUCUUGAGUCCAUGGGUGAGAAGCAGCAGCGAGCACUGCAGGCUGGCCGUCUCGGUGCACAGGCACCUGCAGCCCUCUGGGAGGUACGUCGCCCGGCUGCUGCCCCACAGUGAGGCUGGAAGAGAGAUCCCCCUGGUACCCACUCCAGGAAAGCAUGGUCCAGAUGGGGCCAAGGAGAAAACAGCCAAGGGGAGUGUUGAAAGGCCAGUACGAAAGUAA